AUGGAUGAGAUGAUCACAACAGAAAGGGGGUAUGUUAGAUCCUUAGGAUAUAUCAUCAACAACUAUUUUCCGGAAAUAGAAAAAAAAUAUUUACCUCGGGGUUUGUGAGAGAAGAAGAGCAUUAUCUUUGGGAACCUCGAGAAACUCACCGAUUUCCGCAGCCAACGCUUUCUGAAAGAGCCGGAGCACUGCAGAGAUUUCCCACUCUCUGUCAGCCACCGCUUUCUCAAACACCUAGAACAGAUUGGCAUGUAUGCGUUGUACUGCACGAACAAGCCACAAUCAGACGCCUUGCUACCCAGCCAUGGAAAUGCCUUCUUUAAAAAUAAGCAACAGAAGCUGGGUGCUAAUAUGGAUUUGGCCUCCUAUUUGUUGAAGCCCACUCAAAGAAUGAGCAAGUAUGCACUUUUACUGAAGGAUAUGAUCAAGGAGUGCACAAAAGCCCAGGAGCAGAAACUCAGUGAUCUGAGGACUGCUGAGGAGAUGGUGAAAUUCCAGCUACGGCAUGGAAACGACCUGCUUGCUAUGGAUGCUAUUCAAGGAUGUGAUGUUAAUUUGAAAGACCAAGAACUGCAAUGUCAGGAUGAUUUUAUUGUUUGCUGUGGAAGAAAGAAGUAUUUGAGGUAUGUGUUCCUCUUUGAAGAUCUUACCUUGCUUAGCGAAACAAGAAAGAUUAAUGGGGGAUAUGACAUCUAUAUGUACAAACAGUCAUUCAAGACAGCACAGAGUGGAAUGACAGAUGUUGGAGAUAGUGGUCUGAGGUUUGAAAUCUGGUUUCAAAGGAGAAGAUCAUCCCAGGACACGUACAUCCUUCCAAACUCAGCAGAAAUUAAAAUUCCAUGGACUAAUAUCAUAGCAAAGUUUCUUUGGAGACAGGCUCUAAGGAAUCAAGGUAUGCAGUCUAUAAAGAUGUUUCAGUUGCCAACAGCUCUGGACUCACGACAGUAUUGCAGCUGCGAAAGCUGGUUGUGUCACGACUGCUGUGAGCGGGAGUAUGGCCCCAGCCCUGUGGUGCGUGGUGACAGGUGCUGA